AUGGCCGACGACCGCUACCGCCAGGAUCGUCCUCAGCAGAAUCGCCCAGAGGACCAGCCAUCGCAGCUUUCUCGCCAACACCUCCCACCCCCCGCAGACGAGCCCCGCGCAUCGUCGGAUUCUUCUCGAGCCGGUAUGGCCGCCUCUGUAACUCUUCCCUCCAUUCACGACCCUCGCUCCAGCCCCUACGGCGCUCCUGCCCCCCCCUCUGGCGGGCGAGGCUACGCUCACGAUCCUCGUUACGCCUCGCCAAACGCCGUGAAUGGCUAUCCGCCGCCACCAAGCGGCCAGCAGCCGCCGUCUUCGUACUUGCCGCCGAUGCAGUCUCAAGAUCCAAGAGGCUCUGCCUAUCACCCGGCUGAGCACAGGCUGGGCCCUUACUUCGAUGACCGAAGAGGACCGUCUCACCCUGAGGGCGCUUACGGUCAAGACGCCUACUUCUACCGACCACCUCCCGGUGCUCCUCCAAACGGCUAUCCCAGACCACAUCCUGGAGCAUACGGCCCAGAGUAUGCGCAGCCUGGCAAUGCGCCGCCUCAAAUGGCCCAGGCCGCCCCUCGGCAGCGGACUUCCAUUGCUUGCAGGUACUGCAGAAAACGCAAGGUGUGUUCCUCCUCUAUCUCGCUGUUGGACUUUGGCUGCUGGCGCGUCUGCAGCUUGCUGCUGAUUGAUAUUCUCGUUCUGCCCCUUGGGCGCCCUUCUCGGCUGACUUGCCCACCUGCUGACACGAGUGAUAAGAUUCGAUGCAGCGGUUAUCAAAGUGCCCCCGGCGGAAAGUGUCAAAACUGUGCUCGAAUGAACCAAGAGUGCAUUUUUCAGCCUGUUUCUUCUUCAAGCUCGACCGCCUUCAUUCCCGUCUCCGCGGUACCAGGCGGCGUUCCUCCUGGUACCCAGCUUUUUGGAGCCUACGGCCAGCCUCUGGCGCCUAACUCGGUACCACCCUCUCAUCACUUUGCUGCCGCCGGCGGCCCGCCUCCGCCCCCUUCCGCGGCCGCUGGAAACUACUACCAGCCGAUGCAGUCUCCAACUGACUCCUUCUCAUCAUAUGGGGACCCGAGAGGAGAUGACCAGGUGGCAGGUCGACGCCGCCGUCGAACGCCAGAAGAACACGAGGAAGGAUACCGCCUCCCGCCACCCCGAAAUGCCAUGUCCGACGAUGAUCCCCGCAGAAGGUCCCCUGCUGAAGCGUCGAGCAAUGGGAGCCCUGGAGGACUUGGACAUCUGCCGUACCAGGGCAGCAGCACCAGACGGAGCCCCCGAAACCCGUCUUUGCCACAACCACCAGUAAUUACUAGCCACGGGCCCGUUCCUGCCGGAGCUCGCUCGCCCGGAGGUCAGAACGGCUCGAGUGGGACUUCAACGCCAUCGCAGGCACCGCGCCAACCCCAGCAGGCUACCUCAUCCGUGAUGAGCCUGAGCAAUCUUGUUGAUAAAAACGACAUCGAUAAGGGAAUGAUUGAUCGUCUCAACCGGCCUCGGGACGUGAAGGGAUCGCCCCCGGGUGCGUCACGACAGGACACGUCUCAUUGA